AUGAGCUCCCUAAGUCUUCAUCUCCAUUUAUGGUGGAGAAUUCUUGCACUUAUUCUUGUAACAGUAAAAUCAUUCGGGCUAAACACAGAUGGUAUCAUCUUGCUCUCUUUCAAGUAUUCUAUUCUGAGUGACCCUCUAGGUGUGCUCCAGAGCUGGAACUACAACGAGGAGACUCCAUGUUCAUGGAAUGGAGUAACCUGUGGAGGUCCAGGAAUAGGGGAUACUUCCUUUCGAGUCACAGGCUUGUCGCUUCCAAGAAGUCAGCUUCUUGGUUCAAUCUCUGCGGAUCUUGGCACCCUUGAACACCUUCAGUAUCUUGAUCUGUCAAACAAUUCAUUGAAUGGAUCCCUGCCUUUUCCACUCCUCAACGCAACCCAGCUUCGGUUUCUUGAUUUGUCACACAACAGAAUCUCUGGUAGUUUACCAGGGAGUUUGGGGCAGUUACAGAAUCUUCAGUCUCUUAACCUCUCUGACAAUGCCUUGGCGGGAAGUUUACCCGCCGAUCUUGUUAAUCUCCAGAAUCUAGUUGUCAUCUCUCUCAACAACAAUUAUUUCUCGGGUCCUCUUCCAAGUGGGUUUCAAGCAGUUCAAGUUUUGGAUCUUUCUUCCAAUCUCAUCAAUGGAUCUCUGCCGCUGGGUUUUGGUGGUCAUAGUCUUAGUUACUUGAACAUCUCCUACAACAGGCUCUCGGGGCCAAUCCCUGCAGAAUUCGCAGCCAGUUUUCCUUCUAAUUGCACCAUUGAUCUUUCAUUCAACAAUCUAACAGGAGAAGUUCCAGAUUCCAGUGUUUUCUCGAAUCAAAGGUCGCGUUCUUAUGCAGGGAAUCCUGGCAUUUGCGGCAACCCAACAAGAAACCCAUGCCCGAUCCCUGCUUCACCAUCCCCUCUCCCAAAUGUAUCUUCUUCCCCUCCUGCAAUCGCUGCAUUCCCCAAAAUCAUAGCCUCCUCCCCGGUAACCACCCCGCCAGGUGAUUCAACUACCGGGUCUCAACAAGAAAGCGGCCUCAGGCCAGGAACUAUCAUCGGAAUCAUAAUCGGCGACAUCGCAGGGGUUGCAAUACUGGGUAUUAUCUUCUUCUACGUCUACCACUGCCUAAAGAAGAAGAAGAACGUGGAGAAAACCCUGAAGAAAGAAGCCAAUCUUGCAAAAGAAGAAACUUGGUCUUCUUCCUCCUCGGAAUCAAGAGGGUUCACAAGAUGGUCAUGUCUACGCAAGAGAGGAGAGAACGAGGAAGAAUCCGAGCCCACAAGCUCCGACAACGAAGAGGACCCGAAACCCAACAACAGCAACCACAACAGCAGUGUGCAGCAUCAGCAGGAGCACUACCAGGAAAACAAAGGAGGCACGCUAGUCACAGUCGACGGCGGCGAAAAGCAGCUGGAGCUCGACACUCUACUCAAGGCGUCGGCCUACAUCCUCGGUGCAACCGGUUCUAGUAUCAUGUACAAAGCAGUCCUCGAAGAUGGGACGACCUUCGCCGUCCGUCGAAUCGGCGAGAGCCAUGUGGAGCGGUUCAGGGAUUUCGAGACUCAGGUCCGGGUCAUAGCCAAGUUGGUGCACCCCAACCUUGUUCGGAUUCGUGGGUUCUAUUGGGGAGUUGAUGAGAAGCUUAUCAUCUAUGACUUCGUCCCAAAUGGCAGCCUAGCCAAUGCUCGUUACAGGAAAGCAGGCUCCUCACCUUGUCACUUACCGUGGGAGUCCCGGCUCAAGAUUGCGAAAGGUGUGGCCCGGGGGCUUUCCUUCCUCCAUGAAAAGAAGCAUGUCCACGCCAACUUGAAGCCCAGCAAUAUACUUUUGGGCUCGGAUAUGGAGCCCAGGAUUGGCGAUUUCGGGCUCGAAAGGCUCGUGACCGGGGACACGAGCUCGAAAGCCGGAGGAUCAGCCCGGAAUUUCGGCAGCAAGAGGUCCACGGCAUCACGGGAAAGCUUUGACCUUAUACCCGGGCCAAGUCCGAGUCCGAGCCCGAGUUCGAUUGGUGGGCUGUCCCCCUACCAUGCGCCGGAAUCGCUUCGGAGCCUGAAGCCCAACCCAAAAUGGGAUGUGUACUCAUUCGGGGUAAUUUUUCUGGAGUUACUAACAGGGAAGGUGAUAGUUGUGGACGAGUUGGGCCAAGGGAGUAAUGGGCUUGUUGUUGAAGAUAAGAACAGGGCCCUGAGGAUGGCUGACGUGGCAAUUCGGGCUGACGUGGAGGGUAAGGAGGACGCCUUGCUGGCCUGCUUCAAGUUGGGGUAUAAUUGCGCAUCUCCUGUGCCGCAAAAGAGGCCAACAAUGAAAGAAGUUUUACAAGUUCUUGAUAAAGUCCCAACAUCUACGUCAUACUUUCAUGGCCACUGA